AUGGCAAACAAUUUGAAAGAUGUACUAGAGUUGUUGAUCUCACCAGCACAAUCAGCUUUUAUUCCCAACAGAUUCAUCUCAGACAACAUAUAUACUGCUCAUGAGAUCUUCCACUACAUCAAUCAUAAGAAGAAAGGAAAGCAAAAACUUCUCACGCUCAAGCUUGACAUGAGGAAGGCAUAUGACCGAGUGGAGUGGGAAUUCAUCGACAAGCUGCUUCAUCGGUUUGGCUUUGCGGAUCAUUGGGUUCAAAUGGUGUUGUCAUGCCUGCGUUCGGUUUCCUAUAUACUAAUGAUAAAUGGUGCGAUGUGUGGUAAGGUGAUCCCUUCUCGGGGUAUAAGGCAAGAUGAUCCUCUCUCCUUGGCACUGUUUAUACUAUGUUCACAGGCUUUGAGCAGUCUCUUAGUAAAAGCAGGAAAUGAAGGCCUUCUUAAGGGGAUUCAGCUUGCGGAGGUGUGCCAUUUGCAAGAAUGCCUGAAUAUCUACUGUAAAGCAAGUGGUCAAGCAGUAAACUUGCAGAAGUCUACUCUAUCUUUCAGCCCCAAUGUUCAUUCUAAAUUCCGUCGUUGGUUUUCCCAGAUACUUAAAGUUAAAUAUGACAAGGGACCUAAUAAGUAUUCGGGGCUACCAACGAGCUUUGGGACUUCAAAGGCAAAACUAUUCCAGGAGAUAUCAGCUAAAGCAGGGAAACACUUUGAUGGCUGGAAGAAUCACUUGCUUUCACAUGCAGCUAAGGAAAUAAUGAUGAAGUCAGUUGCUUUCUCUCUUUCUAACUAUGCCUCUUCACACUUUAAGCUACCAGCUUCACAUCAUUCACAUCUAAAGAGGACAACAACAAACCUUUUUUGGGGUGAUGGUUCUGACAAAAAGAAGAUUCACUGGAUAUCCUGGUUUCGGCUAUGCUUAUCAAAGCAGAAAGGAGGCUUGGGGUUUAGGGACCCAACAUUAUAUAACAAAGUCGAGAUUUCAUGGAGGCAACGUUGGGCUCAAACCCCUCUUGGGCGUGGAGGAGUAUUUUAG